AUGGCGGAACAAGACCAGGGUGACCGCCAGCCAGAUCAACGCCCGCCAGCAUAUACCGGACCAUUCCUAUUUGUGAACAAGAACGCCACAAAUCUUAGGUCACGGCAGAGAGAAGAGGUGUUUGCUGUGCGCAGCCAUGCCAUGCAGAUUGCCAGACGAUCGAGAAAGUCGACUUCCCGGCCCAAAUCGUCGGAGCGGGAAAGCCAGGCACAACCAGAGUCAACUAUACCUGCAAGCCCCGUAAGCCAAACAGGUGGUCCCAGUCCAUCAGCCGAGCCGAUUCCGUCCAUCCAGAACAUUCUGGAGCAGCAGGCUAGAGGAGUGCUCCAAUACCAGCAGAGGCAGUCUCAGAGACGCCAGCCAGAGCCGUCCCGAAGCCAGUCAGCAACACAUGAAUUCCCAGCCUUGUCCCCAAGGUCCUCGACCCUCCCCCUGUCGACUUCCAACCUUCUUCCUGCUGAACACGCCGCCUCUUUAGCGCAGCUCAGCACAGCCGCAUCGCCCGGCGCCCUGAUUCCAGGCGGCGCUUCAGACUCGGCCGUAGCCGCGCCAUUGGCUCCUGACACCUUUUUCAACUCGGUCUUGCAGUUUUGGCGAUUGUGCUACAUGUCCAACUUUUGGCCAGCACAUAUAUAUUUCAACCUUUCGCACAGAGCAGUCCAAUUCACCGAUGGCUGGAUUCGAAAUAUGGUCAUCAACAAUCCGGCCCUGCUGCACGGCGUUUUCUCCGGCGCCCUCAGCUACAUCACAAAUUAUCUUCCGCCGACAGAAAACACCCCGAUGCUGUGGGCCCGGGCCAUCCAUCAUUAUGGCAAAUGUCUCGAAGAGACACGGGCUCAGCUCGCCCGCCCAGGGAUCAGUACUCAAGAGGCAUUGAGUCUGAUCCAUGGAAUGACAACAUUCAGUUUCCACUGCCACGAUCUCGAGAGUUGUCAGGUCCAUCGUGCUGCUUCAAUGCGGCUUCUGCAAAGCCUUGAAGGAGGUCUCGAAUCGUUGCACCCGGUGCUGAAGUGCUGUCUCAUACUUUGCGACUCGCUUACAGCAAGCCAUGUUCCAAGACGUCCGUCGAUGGACAUUGAGUCUUGGGCGCCUAAGUCAUGGGCAGAAGAGACAUCAUUGCGACCGCUUGAUCAUUUGUUCGGCUUCGACGCUCGUGUAUAUGAGGACACGGACAAGGUCAUAUUCCUGCUUACGGACCAUGGCGAUGACGGUGAGGGUUCUCAGCAUCUGUUGGAGCUGAUUAACUGGCAUCGCGAAGCGCUGGCAGCAAAUGAACUAGCUUUCGCCAUCGCAGACACAUCGGGCUCUCCGAACAUCUCCGAGUCUGCCGGUGAAGGUGGGGAGGACCGAGCCGACCUGAUAUACACAUGGCUGUCGCUGCGUCAAUACGCCUUGAGUUGCCUCUCGUCGCAUAUGUAUAUGGACUUCCUGGAGUCGGAAAACCCUGAACAGUCGCUGUUGGCACAAAUCCUCCGUGUUUUUCACUCUAGCAUUGUGCUCGCCACCAGCUAUAUGUUCCAGUUCGUCAUGCGAUACGGCAUGAACGCGCCAAGCAUGGCAUACAUACCGUACCAUCAUCUGCGCACAAGGCUGGACCUGCUCAUGACGCUUAUGAGUCAGUAUAGACGCAUACAAGCGCCUGGAGCGGGAGAGGGCCGUGGUGGUAGAGGGCCUACUAAUCCAGUUCCGACGGACGCCCUUCUUUUCCUCUUUUUCGCUGGCGCAGUCGUCGAGGAAUCUGAUGGGCCAAACCGGGUCCAAGCACCACAUCACAUCACAAGGGCGGGUGUGAUCCCUUCGCCUUCUGUCGAGCACCCAGGCGAUAUCAUCAAUGCGCGUUGGUUUAGCGUGCAUUUCGCCAUGGUGCUGCAACGAUUGAAUAUUGAAGCUUGGGAAAAUGUCCGACGGGUUCUCCAGAGGUUUGUCUACGCCGAGAGAGUUCUGGAUCGGUUUCUGCAGGUUCUUGUGACGAGAAAGCUCGAGUUCUUGGCGGCUUUGGUUAUGGGGUUGCCGGAUCAUGUUCCUGCUGGUGCUUCUGAAGGCGUUGCGGGUGCUGGGUUUUUCGGAGGACUGGGAGUGGCAGGAUCAACCAGGCCGGGGCCAAGUUCACCUCCGCAGCGACGACCACUACCGUCUCGUCAAUCUUCCUUUCAGAUGCCCGCGCAACACCAACCACUCCUUCAGCAGGCGGGCAUGUCGAUACCGAUGGCAUUGCCCGUAUCUCCCUCGGCCCACAACCUCGAUGAUGGGCUCGAUUCCUUGCCACUGUUUGGUCCAACACCAGUCACCCUCUCGGCCGCCGUGCCCAACGCAGCAGCCGACUGGUGGCAAGAUAUGGGGUACGAAAUGGGGGUCCAAGAAGACUUUUCAAUGGAUUUGGACAUGAAUUUGGGCAUGGGAACGGGGUUGGAUACGUUACCUGAUGUGCAGAUGCACGGCGAGGAUCUGGGCGAGCAUGAGGACAUGCAGGCAGAGAAAAGGCGCGAGCAAGGUUGA